GAUAUUAUGUUCAAACUGGCUUUAAGGUAAGUAAAAUGGGUUUAUUGCACCAAAAAACAAAGAAAAUAUGUACCUACUCCAAACUAUAGCUACCAAGUUCUCUUAUUUAUUUGUUGAAAAAGUUGGAUUAGAGAAGACAACAAAGUCAUGGGCUCAAAUUCUACACCACAGACAGCAGCAAAACCAAUAAGAUGCAAAGCUGCAGUGUGCAGAAAAGCAGGAGAACCUCUGAUCAUUGAAGAAAUUGAGGUUGCCCCUCCCAGCUCCUGGGAAGUUCGAAUCAAGAUUAUUUGCACUUCUCUAUGUCAAUCUGAUAUUAGUUUAUGGAAAUUAUCAGCUGGACCACUUUCUGCUUUUCCUAGAAUUCUUGGUCAUGAAGCAGCUGGUGUGGUGGAGAGUGUAGGUGAAAAUGUAGAGGAAGUAAAAGAAGGGGACAUAGUGAUACCCGUUUUUAAAAGGAACUGUGGAGAAUGCAAAGAUUGCAAGUACCAAAAGGGAAAUGCUUGUUCAAAAUUUUCAGUUGAAUAUCCCUGUGGAAUGCCAAGGGAUGGAAGCAGCAGAUUUAAGGAUAAAAAUGGAGAAACAUUGCAUCAUACACUCAGGGUAUCUAGCUUUUCUGAGUAUACUGUUGUGGAUGUUACACAUAUUGUGAAGAUGAGUCCAAAUUUUCCCAUUGAUAAGGCUUCUCUACUUUCUUGUGGGGUUUCUACAGGACUGGGAGCAGCAUGGAAAGUUGCAGAAAUUGAAGGAGGUUCAACCGUGGCAAUAUUUGGUCUCGGAGCUGUGGGAUAGCGGUACCUAGUUGCAGAAGGAGCAAGAUUACGUGGAGCUUCAAAAAUUAUAGGUGUCGAUUUAAAUCCUCAAAAAUUUGAAUUUGGGAAAAAGUUUGGACUAACAGAUUUUGUUGACCCCACAACCUGUGGUGAGAAAUCGACUAGCCAGGUAAUUAAAGAGAUGAGUGAUGGUGGAGCUGAUUACUGCUUCGAGUGUAUUGGAUUGACCUCCUUAAUGCAAGAGGCUUUUGCUAGUUCUCGCAAGGAAACUGGAAAGACAAUAAUACUUGGGGUUGAGAUGCAUGGUACACCAUUAAGCAUUAACCCUCUUGAGCUGGUGAUGACUGGAAAAACUAUCAUAGGAUCCAUGUUUGGAGGUGUGAAAGCUAAAGUUGACAUUCCCAUCUUUGCUACCAAAUAUUUGAAUAAUGAAUUGAACUUGGAGGGAUUUAUAACGCAUGAAGUUAACUUUGAGGAUAUUAACAAAGCAUUUGUCUUACUUCAAGCAAGGAAAUCGCUACGUUGCAUCAUUUGGAUGGACAAAUGAUAGAUCAUCAUGUUUUUAUCUAUUUAUCUUUUUUUAUUCUGCAAUUGAAAAUAAUGUAUGCAAGGGAUAUUCUAUGGUCCUAUUAUUAGUGAAUAUUUGUACAAAAUUAAUUAUAUAAAACUCAUUUUCUGUUUUAUGAAGAUUCAAUUGUUUUUUUUUA